CUUGGUUUCUGUGUGAAGCCCCCUGCUGAGUGCCAGGUACCCUCACAAAUCUACAGAGACAGGGUCCGUGCCCUCCUUUGCAGGAGUGCAAAGAAACCAAGGCCCACCCAGAUGAGGCCCAGCUGCUCUCGACUCUGCUAAGGCAAGUCAAGGGACGUGUGUGUUUAAAUGGUCAGGAGACAAAGGGUGGUUUCCUCUCCAAGGAGUGGGAGACCCGGCAUGCAUUCAGCAGGUAUGUGGGAGGCUCUUGUCGGGAAGACUUGCUGGGCACAGGGUAGCUGCCAUCCUGCAGAACAGUGUAGAGAGGGACUGGGUUUUAAGCAGCCGUGGGAUGUGGAUGAGCUGAGCUGAGCCACAAGGGAUGUGCUGCUUAAAGCUGCCUGGUGCUGAGAACUUCUCGUCCAAGGGGACAGCCGGAGGCUGAAGGGGGCCAUCCAGAGGAGCACAGAGACAGGCCUGGCUGUGGAGAUGCCCAGCCGGACGCUGCGCCAGGCCAGCCACGAGUCCAUCGAGGAGAGCAUGAACAGCUAUGGCUCGGAGGGCAACCUCAACUAUGGGGGAGUGUGCCUAGCAUCAGACGCCCAGUUCAGUGACUUCCUGGGCAGCAUGGGGCCAGCGCAGUUUGUGGGCCGCCAGACCCUGGCCACCACGCCCAUGGGGGAUGUGGAGAUCGGCUUGCAGGAGCGGAACGGCCAGCUGGAAGUGGACAUCAUCCAGGCCAGGGGACUGACAGCCAAGCCAGGCUCCAAGACACUGCCAGCCGCCUACAUCAAGGCCUACCUGCUCGAGAAUGGUGUCUGCAUUGCCAAGAAGAAGACCAAAGUCGCUCGCAAGUCGCUGGACCCCCUGUACAACCAGGUGCUGCUGUUCCCUGAGAGUCCCCAGGGCAAAGUCCUGCAGGUGAUCGUGUGGGGCAACUACGGGCGGAUGGAGCGGAAGCAGUUCAUGGGAGUGGCCCGCGUGCUGCUGGAGGAGCUGGACUUGAGCACCCUGGCUGUGGGCUGGUACAAGCUCUUUCCCACCUCCUCCAUGGUGGACCCGGCCACAGGCCCCCUGCUGCGGCAGGCGUCUCAGUUGUCCCUGGAGAGCACCGUGGGGCCCUGUGGCGAGCGAUCUUAAUGCCGGGGGAAGGGGAGGGGCUUCCCAAGAAGGCCUGGAGAUGACCCGGCCCUGACCUGGGACCCCAGGCCCAGGGGCACAUUGAAGAGAGGAGGACGGGGCUCUCUCCCGCCGUGUGGGGGAGCAGACAGGGAGACCUGCCCCGCCCCGGGCCCCUCCUCACCCACUUGCCUCCUGCCCCCGAGACCUUCCCUCUCCCUGUGGGAUUGGCUGCACUUUUGACUUGGCCCGUUCUUGACCUGGUGGACGUGGCUGCAGUUGGAAGACGGAAAAGACUGAGGUGGCAAAGCACACGCUCUCCUGCCCCAGCCCUGUCCAGCCCCGCCCCCUCUUCGCCUCCUUGGAAGCUCGCUGCCCGGAGCCAAGUCCAGAACCCAGCCGGCCAUCUCCAUGGUGCCAAUUACCAGCAAGUGUCUUUCCUGCGGCACCGGGUUCAGGCAGCUACUCCUGCCCCAGAGCGAUGGGGCAGCUUUGCAAGGAUCCGGAGCCAGCUCCCAGGGGCCCAGAGCCCCCCGCGUGAAGAGGAGCUCGGGCCUCCCUCUGCCUGCCUGUGGAAGGAGUUUUGCCGCAGCCUGUCCGAGUCCGUCUGUCCGUCCCCUCCUGCCUGCCCCUUUUCCAGUGGCUCUGGGAACUGGGGCCCAGCAGGGACUGAAGGAAAAGAGGAAGCGCCCAGAGCCUGGCAGAGGCCCGAGGGGUGCCUUGCUCCAUGGAACCGCAGCAAGCUGGGAAGAACCGUGUCGUGUGUCUUCUGGUGGAGACUGGCAAAGCAGAGUGGCCCUGAGUUUCCAGAACCCAGGGUGCAGGCAGCUCACCACGUCUGCACUGCGGGGGUGGAUUGGAAGGGGAGGCUGGGGAGAGCUGGGAGUGGGCCUGGUGGUGCCAAGGGAAGGGUUUCCCACCUAGGAAAACCCAUCUGUGUUGGAUGAGGUCAUCUUGUCUACCCCUCUGCCUGCAGGCUGGGGGUCUGGGGAGGUAAUAGAGCCCCCCCAUCUAUUUUAGUCUUUUUAAACCAUCCAUCCUGUGCUGAGGGCAGAACCCACUGCCCGGCCUCAGUUAACCUUGGCUCAAGGAAAGGUGGUGGGUGGUAGGGGAGGGAGAGGGCAAGGAGGGCUGCGGUUAGAAUCGGGGGUCCCUUAUCCAGGAGGCCCUCACAGCUGCCUUCCUGGCCCCGCCCUCCCUGGGGCAGCGGGAGCCCUUUUGCAUGCGAGGGAGGAUGCAGGCGGCCCCUCUUCAUAGCAGCACAUUUCUGCGACCACCCUGGAGGUACCCAGUGGCCUCCUCUCCUCUGUACCUAGUCCCUGCUGUGUAGGGCGUAGUCCAGGUUAGCUGGGUAGAGGUAGUGUUCAAGGCCUGUUCUUAGCUCAUAUGUAGUCUUUAGAGUCCCAGGCUGGGGUGGAGGGGAGACCCAAGUACAUUCCAGGGGGCCAUCUUCUCGGCAUUGGCUUGGGCCGGGAUCCGGCAGGCAGCCUGGCUCCCUGGAGGCCGGCCCCUCUGCCCCUCCCCUCUCUUCCUGCCCCCUGCCCUGUAGGGUAGUAGCUGGAGCUACCCAUUAUACUCAGAUGUUCUGAUUUAUUACCCUUGGUACUGAUUUUCUUUAAGAGGCAUUGCUGAGGGUUGCCCCGGGCUUUACCAAGGGGCCUGGUCUCCACAAGAGGGCGCUGUUGUCCAUGGAGGACACUGGGCUGUUUGGAUCCACCCUGUUCCCUGUCCCACCGGGUGAUUCCUCUCCACUGCCUGGUUGAGCCUGGGGUGCUGCCAAGUUCGGAUCCACUUGGAUGCACUCCAUGGAGCCACCUGUGCUGGGCCGGGAGGGUGGGUGGAGAAGCGCCUUUUAUGCCAGAGGGCUUCGGAGCUUCCCGGGACUGGGCUGGGGGCAGGGCUGUGGAUGGACUUGCUUCAGAGGCCCGGGGUCCGUCCCUCGCCCCUUUGGGUUUCACCCACGCGAGUUCUCACUGUUUAUUACUCACCAUUUGGAGUAUUUUGAGCCAGGAGAGCACCUUUCCCUGGCCGUCAGCUGUGGUUGUUCAAGGGGGCUCUUUGUAGAGAUGAGGCAGAGCUUGGCUGUUCCAGCAGGGGGCGGAGGAGCUCAGGGCUGCCUUGCCCCCCCCCCCCCAAGUCUGCACAGCCUUUGAGAGAGAGAGGAUGUGCUCUAAAGCAAUAACACCCUGGGGGCGGCCUCCGAGGGCCCCCUCAGUGACUUUCUUGUUUGUUCUGUGACAUCUCCCCUACCUCCUGGAGGGGUGGGGUGGGGGCUGGAGCCCUGUUUCUUCUUCAUAUCCUUGUUGUGAGCGCGUGCCCCCCCCCAAGGGGCUGUGACCACUGGGUGCGGGAGCCACUGUGUCCUCACCAAGGGAUGGGGCCUGGGGUGGGGCAGUGGCUGUUUUCAUUGUUAGCUUUGCGGGCCCUUGAGCCCAGCCGCUGUCUGAUCCUUUGGGGCCCAAAGGCCACCACCUGGAGAGGAGCAGAGAGGAUGGGGCUGGGGCCUUUCUGGGGCCCGGGGUGUCCGAGAGUGAUGCUUCUUUCCAUCUCGGGGGAGCCAUCUCCACGUUCGUCCUCCAGAAUCCUCUUUUUAUCCUGGAGGGAAGGGGCCUCGGGAGCCAUCACUCAAUCCCAUUUUACAGAGGAGGAGACCAAGACUCGGCAAGGGGAGAGCCGCCCCUUGGGGUCCCUGCGUGCUCUGGCACCACCAGCCUGGGCUGCCAUCUCCCAGCAGAGGCUGGGCUGGAGCCAGGACAGGCUGAGGCGGGUCACUCGCCAUGCUCCCUCCUCCCUCUUUGGAGCCAUCUAAGGACACAUCAUGGCCCAUCUGAGAAGUUAGGAGUCCGAGGCCUGGGAACAGAAGUGACUUGGCCAAGGACCCCACUCCCCCCAAGCAGAUGAGCCAAAGGGGCAGAACUAGGAGCUCCCUAGGGCGUCUCCUGCCCUGCAGCAGGAGACCCCUGCCCAGGACACAUGCGCCACGAUCAGUGUUUCCGACCUGGGAGCCCGGCUGCACAGCCAGCCCUGUUGGUUCCAUCUCUGGGCAGGUUACUUUUCUGGGCGUGGGGGGUGUGGGGAAUGGUUGCCAGGGAGACCAAGCUCUCCAGGGGCCCUGCCCCAGCUGACUGAGGGUGUGCUGGAUUUGACUAAGGCCUUACUGCCUGCAUGGGGGUCCCCACCCCCUCCUCCAGCCGCCAUAAUGUCUCCAACACCAACCACAGGGAGAGUUUUUUGUGUGUGUUUCUUUAAGCACCGGUCCGCGGCGGGGACUGGAAGGAGCAGGGGCGGUGGUACUUCUCAUCUUAGGGAUCGCUCCCCAGACUUGUGGAUCUGAGAGACCUGGCCUUCUGGGAGGGCUUUUACCUGCAGUGCCCUUUGACCCUGCUGGCAGGCGGAGGCCUGUGUUUCUGUUUCUGCCCCAUUUUACAGAGCAGGAAUCCGAGGUCUUGGGAGGGGGGACUGCUCGCCCCCAGGUGAGCGAGCAGCUGAGCCAGGGCUAGAACUUGGUCCCCCGGCACCCAGAGCUUGCUCUUCUACGCCAGGAGGCAACAAGGCGGGCAGCUCAGGCGGUGCCCUUUGUCCGGGGAGUCCCCAUCCAGCCCCAUGAGCCAGGAGCUCCUGGGGCAUUGUGGGCUCAGACACAGCACAGAGUCCCCUCCCUUCGGAGGCACAGCUGUUGCAUCGGCAAGGUCACCUGCGUUUAUUUAUUGAGUAGCACUGCUGUGCCAGGCCCCGUCCCCCUGUAGUGACCCCCAGGCCUCUGAGGGGCCUGUGUCUGCCAAGAGUGUGGACACAAAGCGUGCCCGUCCACAGGCUCACCUGGCUCGGACCCUCACCCAGCAUCCUGGGAGGACAGACUGGAGGCUUGUACCUGGGGCCACGGACACCGCCUCUGAAGCCCUUUCACUCCACGGCCGUCCCCUGGAGGGCGGGCAGGAAGGCAAGAGCCUGGGUCCUCAGGCUGGGGCGUCUCCAGCCCCCACCUUCCCCACUCGCCAGCUCCAGGAGCAGGUGCCACCCAGGCCUUGGGGGAGGGGGGGUUUCUGGGACCCCUGGGCUGGAGUGGGUCACACUGCAUUGUGUUCAUGCCCAUGUAGCUCAUGUUGAAAAUUAAAGUUUUUGGCUUUUCUAA